AUGCCGCCCCGUCGCAAGCCCACCAAGCCCGCGCCCUCGUCGGCUGCUCCCCCUCCGCCUCCGCCAGCAACCUACGAGACUGGCGUACAGGACAAGUCGCACAACCGAUACCUCGACCAGCAGAAUGCCCAGAGGUUCAGGGACGUCCUCACGAGGUACGAGGCCAAGGAGUACCAGAAGGGUCUCGACGAGGUGCAGCUCAUCCUCGACCAGUAUCCCGAGCAUGGAGAAUCCCUCUGCAUGAAAGGCAUGUUUCUCUGCUGCCUCGACCGCAAGGACGAGGGCUACGAGCUCGUCAAGCGCGGCGUCAAGAACGACAUGGGCUCGCACAUCGUCUGGCACGUCUAUGCGCUGUGUCUCCGCGCGGACAAGAACUUUGAGGAGGCGCUCAAGUGCUACAAGAAGGCGUGCGAGAUCGAGAAGGACUCGCUUAACCUCCUGAACGACUUGUCGACCCUGACCGUUCACCUGCGACACUACACGGACUACGUCGGCGUCCGCCUGCAAAUCCUCCGCUCGCAGCCCCGCCUUCGGCGCAACUGGAUCGCCCUCGCCGUCGCCCAAUACCUCGCCGCGCAAUACCCCGCCGCAUGCCAAACCCUCGCCUACUACGAGUCGAUGCUGCGCGAGGUCCCCGAGGGAGAUGUCGAGUUUGGAGAGGUCUUGUUGUUCCAUGCGAAGGUGCUCGAGGAAGCGGGGGAGUAUGAGCGCUGCAUCGAGUUCUUGAGCGAGAAGAGUGGGCAGAUCGUGGACAGGACGGCGUACUCGGUUCAGCGUGCCCGCCUCCUCCUCAAGCUUGGGCGUACCGAGUCCGCUCUCUGGGCAUGGGAGGUUCUCCUCGAGGAGAAUCCCGAGUCGACCGAGUACAUCAAGGCGACUGUUCAGGCGCAGGGAGGAGACUGCGACGCAGCCGACUCUGCGACGCGCGAACACGCCGUCACCCUCCUCGACGCGCUCUCCACCAAAUACCCCCGCUCCCUCUCCAUCCCACGCCUAGCCCUCUCCCUCUGCCCCUCCUCCCAUUCCUCCUUCCGCACCCGUGUCUCCAAGUACCUCCUCACCGCGCUCUCGAAGGGCGUCCCGAGUCUGUUUGCGGAUGUCAAGGCGCUUUAUACGGGUGAUGAGGAGGGAGCGGAGAAGGCGAGGAUCGUGGGUGAGGUGGUGGAGGGGUUCAGGAGGAGCUUGGAGGAGAGGGGCGCGGUCGUAACGGACGAGAUUGGGGAUGACGACACCGCCGACUCCCCCUCAACUUACCUCUGGACGCUCUACUUCCUCGCCUCGCACUAUUCGCAACUCUCUCAGCCCUCCCUCGCCCUCUCCACCCUCUCACUCGCCCUCUCCCACACCCCUUCCCUCCCUGAACUACACACCCUUCGCGCGCGAAUCCUCAAGCGUGCAGGGGACGCAGUUGGUGCCGCCCAAGCGAUGGAAGAUGCAAGGAAGCUGGAUGGUCAGGACCGGUUCUUGAAUUGUAAGGCGGCGAAGUAUAGGAUCAGGAAUGGGGAGAUGGAGGAGGCGGAGAAGGUCGCGGGGUUGUUCACCAGGAAGGACGCCCCCUCGCCGUUCGAAGACCUCGUUGAGAUGCAGUGCCUUUGGUUCAUCCAGGAGGAAGGAGACGCCUACGCCGCGAAGGAGGACUGGGCACGGGCGUUGAGGCGCUACCACCAGAUUCUCGACAUCUUCCAGGAAGUCGAGGAGGACCAGUACGAUUUCCACGCGUACUGCAUGCGCAAGUACACCCUCAAUGCCUACGUCGAGCUUCUCCGCUUCGAGGACAAGUUGCGCGACCACCCUCGGUUCGCGUCGGCCGCGAAGAGCGCUAUCGAAAUCUACUGCCGCAUGCACGACUCGCCCUCCUCGUUCUCCGUUCCGCAACUCCCGAACGGCUCGGCCGCAAACGGUGUGAGCGCCGACGAGGAAGAGCAGAAGAAGAAACAGGAAGAGGAGGCCGAGAAGGCGAGGAAGGAGAAGGAGGAGGCGGAGGAGAAGGCGAAGAAGGAGGCGGAGGAGAAGGAGAUUGCUGCCGCGGCGGCAGGCGGCAAGAAGGACAAGAAAAAGGGCAAGGGCAAGAAGCCCGCCGAAAAGCCCGCAACCGAAGAGCCGGCCAAGAAGGAGCCGGCAAAGGAGGAAGAGUCGGCCGUCGCGCUCAACGUCUACCACGACAAGGACCCGCUCGGCGUCGAGCACAUGACGCUCGCCUCGAAGGACCCGCUCGAGCAGGCUCUCCGCUUCUUGCGCCCGCUUGAGAGGGUCAAGGCGAAGGAUGUCGAGACGUGGAGGUUGAAGGCUGAGGUCGAGGUGCGACGAGGCAAGCUGCUUUCGGCUGCACAGGCACUCCGAACCGCCUACUCCCUCGACGCCUCCGCCCCUUCGCUUCUCCCGACCCUCGUCCGCCUCGCCCUCGCUGCCUCAUCCGCAACGAUUGAGCCCGCGGCCGUCGCGUCCGCCCUUUCCUCCUCUCUGGCCGCGCUCCUUGGCGGCUCGGACGUUCCUCUCGCGCCGUUCGUUGAUGCACAGCUGCAGAAGAACCCGGUGAACGCCGAGUGGCUCUUGCAGGCUGCCGAGGCAAAGCGGCUGCUCGGCACCGAGCAGCAGGACAGCGCGAAGGAGCUCGUCCUGCAGCUCGUGAAGAACGACGAGCUCAAGCCGACGAUCAAGCAACUCUCGCGCGGCAUGGCUUUCCUUAUCAGCGUCUCGGCUUCAUCGGCCGACCUCGACUCCUUCCGAACGGUUGCCGCGCAGAAAUACCCUCUCGCGCGCGCGUUCAAGACGGCCGAGGAGCUGCAGGCAAUGGAUGCCAAACUCGGGCAGGACGCAAGCGAGGUGGUCGGAGAGGAGGAGGCGUAG